UACUGUUAUAUCCUAAAUUACACGCGCAGGAAUAUAAAAUUAAACCGAUGACACCGCGGGUUUACACGUGUCAUCGUGUAUAGUUUCAAUAAGUCGAUGUCAGCAUUUACUCGCCGCUCGUAAUUUUUCCAUAAAGAUUAAGGAGUGUGGAUUUGAACGCCGUCGCGGAACAUAUUUUAUAAUUGUAAACUCUUUAAUUAAUUAAAAGUAUUUCAGAGUAAUUUCUAUAUCCUUUUUUUAAAAAGUCAUCCUGAACCCACCCCGUAACAGUGGUGUCAGAAGUGGGAUACUAACAAUCGUUGGCUAGUAUCCUAUUAAAACUACGGAGUGCGUGUUAAUAUUACAAACUCUUACAAACUCUUACAAACUCUUACAAACUCCUACAAGCUCUUACAAACUCUUAAGAACUAUUACGAAUUCAUACCAGCUCUUAUCAGUGUGUGUGUGCAUUAAUAACUUUGAAAUCCAACGUUAAAACGACGACGAGGUUAUACUCCGUCCAAUAUCGUCGUCUACCGAUACCGCCUGCUGCCAAACACGUGGUGCCACGUGUUCUCUGCGCGUGUCUGCACAACGUGGCGGAGCCAGCUCGUAUUACUUACCUGACGGUGUAGUCGCGCCUUGCUGCUGCCAUCCUGCCUAUUCAAACACUCACCUGAAGAACUUACCUGCUGGUGUUCCGGAUCGCUGCCGUACAAGCUUCCCGGUGUGGGUCGUCUUGCUGUUGCUGCUUGCUGCCUGCUGCCUGCAAGUGCGACCUACCUUCUCUCCGCCAGAAGUCGGCGAUGUCCACACUCCUUCUCGCGGUGCUGCUGCACCUUGUUGCGGCGUGCACAUGUCAUCAAGUCGUCACGCCAAUAAUAAGUGGUUCCGGUUUAUACUUUGAUAAAAUGAUCGACGUCAAAUUUACCAACGAUGACUGGAACAUAGUCACGUACUUAGACAUUAAGAAAAUACAAUCGCAUUUAGAUAUAGUCGAAUCUCUAUUCGUUAGGAUUAGUUCUUAUUGUGAGAAUAAUAGUUCAUCUAAGGUUCAAAUAGAUUGUUUAAACGCGCUAUCAGCGUUGCGAAGCCAGCAUGAAAACAACAUAAAAAAAUAUUCGUCGGUUUCAUAUAUCCUUAGUAAUCAGAUGGUAAAUAAUAAGCGGUCUAAACGAGGCUUAAUCAAUGCCGGCGGAUCUAUUUUGAAAACCCUUUUCGGCAUCUUAGACUCGGACGACGCUAUCAAAUUCUCGGAAGCUAUAGACCAAGUACAAUCGGACGAAAACCAAUUACUUCAUUUAAUGAGAGAUAAUAUCCACGUUAUCAAAUCGACUAUAACGACGUUUAAUAGCUCUAUGUCUAAGUUAAACGAAAACGAAAGUCGACUCAAUAAAAACAUCGAAUUAAUUGACCAUGCUUUCCAAAUAUUAUCAAACUCAAAUGACAAACUAGAAAUUAAAUCUAACAUAAAUGUUUAUCUUAAUGCUGUCGAAGGUAUCAUCAUCUCAUUGUCAUUUGAUAUCGAGGAUAUUAAUAACGCGAUUUUAUUUAGUAAAAUGAAUAUUUUGCAUCCCACUGUACUUAGUCCUUAUCAGCUCUAUAGCGAACUUGAACAGAAUGUGAAUAAUAUGCCAAGGUAUUAUGAACUCCCUGUGUCUCCCUUAUCUUUACAAAAUAUUCACGACCUUAUCGAUGUUUCGCAACUGGCAUCUUAUAUCCAUAAUUACAAGAUAAUUGUUAUCAUUAAAAUCCCGCUCGUACUACCUCAGACCUAUAACUUAUACCAUGUCAUACCAAUGCCUAUUCCCUAUGAUAUUACGCAACCUAAUACCUUUGCCCUUAUCUCUCCUAGUCGGCCUUACCUUGCAAUAACUGUUGAUCAUAUGUUUUACUCGCCGCUGCAAGACAUAAACAAGUGCAAAGUGAUAAGUGAUAAGUUUUAUAUUUGUAAGUUAGAUAAUGUAUACUCGAGUGUCGCCAAUCCAAUAUGCGAAUCAAUCCUUAUCACCGAAAUAGUUCAUAAGAUCCCUAGUUCUUGUGAAAUUAAACUGUUAAAAGGGUCUAUCGAAUUAUUCCAUAAGAUCAAUAAUAAUAGAUGGAUAUACGUUUUAUCUGAACCAGGUAAAUGUCAUGUAUCUUGUGAAAACGAUGGUAGAAGUUUUGACGAAACGAUAUUCGGUACGGGAAUAUUAUCCUUGACAAAAACCUGCAAAGCUUUUUAUAAGAUGUUACAGUUUGUGCCGUCUUCAAAUGUUUUCUUAAAUGUAAGCACACGAAUUGUCUCUAACUUUAAUCUUGUUAAAGACGACUGCUGUGAAAAGAAUAGGGUCAACAGUUCAUUUUCGCAUCUUCCAUAUUUAAAAUUAAAUAACAUUAAUAACUUAGAUUCUUUGCUACAAGCUAGUACGCACCUGGACUCCUUCGAACAAGAAUUAAAUAAGAUCGAAAAUCCUAAUCACUUUCAAAAGUACGGAGUUCAUUAUAUGUCACUGAGUUAUAUGUUUUUCAUUAUAUUCUGCUUAUAUUUACUUUACAAAGCUAGGAAAUUUAUCUGUCCUAAACCUCCUUGUUGUGUACAAAUAUUCAAUCAAUGUAAUAACACAAAGAAAGUUAGUCGCGGUUAUCCUCAACAAAGUAUUGAAUUAUCUGAGUUUGAGGAACCUGCCGAUCCUGACUUGUCGCUUUCAAGGCCAACUACAUUAAAGCGAAAUAUUUUAGUAACAAAACAAAACUAGCCUUGUACUUUAUAUAUUGUAAUUAGUCAUUAAGAUUUUAAAAAUUAAAUACUUAUUAUCAUUGUCUAUGUUUUGUCUAGACCUACAUUUGUUUAUUGUUAUGUUAAGUUUAAGAUAAUAUAACUAACCGGUAUCUAAUAACAUUGUGAUUCUUAAACGACGUUCAAAUCCUUUGCAAACGUAGAUUAAAAUCGAAUCUAAUCUUAAAUUUCACAUCUCUUUCACCAGAUGCUCCAUUUUAUUCGGGGGGCUGUUAUAUCCUAAAUUACACGCGCAGGAAUAUAAAAUUAAACCGAUGACACCGCGGGUUUACACGUGUCAUCGUGUAUAGUUUCAAUAAGUCGAUGUCAGCAUUUACUCGCCGCUCGUAAUUUUUCCAUAAAGAUUAAGGAGUGUGGAUUUGAA